UGCAAAAGAGGUAUUCGUUGCUCUGUGAAACCCCUCUCUCGCAGAGACAAACGAAUUCCAAAUUUCCAUCCCCUCCUCCCUCUCUCGCUAUCCCCCUCCGGCGAACAUCUCUCUCACACCAGCCUUCCACCCGGAAACCUUCUCUCUCCCAAACCGUGUGAAACCCUCUUCCCACCAGAAGCACCACUGAACCGCCAUCAUCGGCGUCCUCCGCCACCCACCGCUACCUCCGCCCCGCAGUCCACCUCCGUCACUACCGCACAUCCAUUUCUUGAUACUUGGUGCAAUAUAGCCUCUCUAAUCCAUAUGCAAUUGAAGAAGAACCAUCUUAUUUUCAGUAACUGUCCAGUUAGCUUAUGCGCAUAUGAACUAAUCCUACCAGUCCCACCGUCCACUCGCGGGGCCGAUUAAAUCCGGACCAGUCUCACCAUCUAUGUAGACAUCUUCUGUGAUAACAGCUGAUUUUGGGAUGUUUCACUCGUGGGUUCGAGCCCGUUUACCCCAAAAGAUUCGCAGUGGUUAUGGUAUCAUCUCUAGCACUGCUACUCAACACAACCAUGUCGGUGCUUCAACUCCCAGAUUAUACAAUGGCAGGGCACUCUUGAACGCUACUCUGGAUUAUGGGUGUAUCCAACAUGGAUAUUUGCUAAAGAGGAUUGGUGCAAAUGGCAUUGGAAAAACACAUCCGGGUUUGGUUAAUUGCAACUUGAUAUCAUUUGCAUUUCAAAACACUGGUGGGUUUUGCACCUUGUCGGCCCGAGCAACCAAGGAUGCGUUGUUGGAUGUCUGUGUUCCGGGCAAUGAUGGGAGAAGUGACUUUGAGGAAUUCUUUCCUGGCUUUGAAGAUGAUGCUGUUGUUGAGAAACCAAAACUUACGAGUGAUAGGAAGAAGUCAGUUGAUUUCACAAAAGUUGAUAUUAACUUGCUACCUACGGUAGUUCUCAUAGGGCGGCCAAAUGUAGGCAAGUCAGCUCUGUUUAAUCGUUUAAUACGACGGAGAGAGGCUCUUGUGUACAAUACUCCUACUGCUCAUGUUACACGGGACAUACGAGAAGGGAUUGCCAAAUUGAGUGAUUUACGGUUCAGGGUGUUGGAUUCGGCUGGCUUAGAAGCGGAGGCUUCCUCUGGCUCUGUUCUUAGAAGAACUGCAGAAAUGACUGGAAAUGUGUUGGCAAGGUCUCAAUUCGCUCUCUUCCUCAUAGAUGCAAGAGAUGGACUGCAGCCCAUGGAUUUGGAUGUUGGAAAGUGGUUGCGCAAGCAUGCACCUGGAAUCAAGCCCAUAGUAGUGAUGAAUAAAUCCGAGUCACUUGAUGAUGGUGCUGGAUCUAUUGCUGCUGCUGCUGGUGAAGCUCAUAUGUUAGGGUUUGGGGAUCCUAUUGCUCUCUCUGCUGAGACUGGAUUGGGUAUGACGGAACUUUAUGAAGCACUAAAGCCAUUGCUUGAGGACCAUAUGCUUCGGGUCGUAAAUGAUGCAGGUUAUCAGGAGGAAGCUUCCAUUGAGGAGGAGGAGGAGUCUAAGUUGCCGCUACAACUGGCGAUUGUAGGAAGACCAAAUGUUGGGAAGUCUACCUUGCUAAACACACUAUUACAAGAAGAUCGUGUUCUCGUCGGACCAGAAGCUGGUUUGACCAGAGAUUCAGUUAGAGCUCAGUUUCAAUAUCGAGACAGAACUAUAUAUUUGGUUGACACUGCUGGUUGGCUGGGCAGGACAAAGCAGGACAAAGGACCAGCAUCUUUGAGCAUUAUGCAAUCAAGAAAAAACCUUAUGAGGGCUCAUGUAGUUGCUUUGGUCCUUGAUGCUGAAGAGAUAGCAAAAACUAGGAGGAGCAUGAAGCAUGCUGAAGUUGUUAUAGCCAGACGAGCAGUGGAAGAAGGGCGUGGUUUGGUCGUUAUUGUGAACAAGAUGGAUCUUCUUAAAGGGAAAUUGCAUGAAAAUGUGGUCAAAGCGGUUCCUGAAGAAGUGCAGACUGUAUUACCCCAGGUUUGUCAGUUCAAAAUUCUUAAGGUGACAGGAAUACCAGUUGUUUUCGUUUCAGCAUUGGAGGGAAGGGGUCGGACACCUUUGAUGCGCCAGGUAAUCAGCACCUAUGAGAAAUGGUGUUCAAGGUUGCCAACCGCUCGCCUUAACCGUUGGUUGUGCAAGGUAAUGAGCAGACAUUCUUGGAAAGACAACGCUGGUCAACUGAAAAUCAAAUAUUUCACUCAGGUGAAAGCCCGGCCACCUACUUUCGUGGCCUUUGUUAGUGGAAAAGCACAGCUCUCAGAUACGGACCUUAGGUUCUUAACCAACUCUUUGAAGGAAGAUUUUGAUUUGGGUGGGAUUCCGGUGCGGAUCAUGCAGCGUGCUGUUGUGAAAAAUUCCAAAGGUAGUAGCAGCAGCAGUAAAGGCAAGAGCUUCCAAUCUGCUGGAAGAGUGAAUGAAAGAAUGGCUUCUGACAAGAGAGAGAUCCUCAGUUAAGAUAAGGAACAAAAACAUCACCAACUCAAAACAAUGCUGUUUUUUUUCUGUCUUUUUAAAAAAAAAAAGUUAUUGUACAAUUAUUAGAUUGUUAGGUAUAGCCGAGCCUGAUCUACCGAGAUCGAGCUGAGCAUAUGGUCUUGCUAUUGUAUAAGAUUUUUUACACAAGAAGAAUACAUGAUUAGAAAUAUGAAAGCAAUCUAUUUGAAUUUGCA